CUCUUGUGGGCUACAGCUGAAAAUAUUGUAAUUGUAGUGCUUUUGAAGUGGAUUGUACCUCCAUGCUGCCUCCCUCUCUGGUACAGCUAGAACCACAAUGGCCAGCAGCAGCAGGCUCGUAUGAGAGAGCUGCUCCUGUCAGCUACAGACAGACGCGCCUCAGCAGCAGCAGCAGCAGGAUCCACCGACACACCGACACUGAGACGCAAGAGGAGGAAUAUGACACACGUCUGAGAAAAAGAAAAGGUCAAUGUGGCUACUAAAGCAGCUCUCUGGGGUAGUCGUCGUGGAUUCCUGAGGCCCGUCUCUAUAGCAACCCAUUCCUCCUCCUGAGUACUGCUGCCAACUUACCCUCUCUGCCACACAACGAAUCUCUCCUCAUCCCCCUGGCCAAUCGCCGGCUUUGAACUGCGUUGGAAUGGACACCGAGUCGACCCACUCGGGCUACUCCUAUCACUCCAGCCGCUCGGGGAGAUCAAACCGACAUGGGGAUCGAAACCGUGAGCGGCACAAGGUCAGCAGCAGUAAAGACAGCAGUCGCUCCGAGAGGUCCGUCGUCAUCAACCCCCCCGACACGCCCUCCCAGGACUCCCCCGUACACAAUGGAGAGCCGCUGCCGGGAGAGCCCACACCAGCAGAAGAUCAGGAAGAUGAGGCCCAGGAUGAUAACUGGGGGGAAACCACCACCGCAGUGACAGGCACCUCAGAGCUGAGUAUUUCCCAGGAGGAAGUGGUCGGACUGGGGAAGGGGAUGCAGGACCGGACCCGAGGCUUCCGCCGUUACCUUCCCCUGGUUGUGGGCUCGUGUCUGGGGCUGCUGGUGCUGGCCACACCCCUGGCCUUCCUCCUCCUUCCGGCUUUAAUGUGGCCAGACAGGCUGCAGGCAUGCGGCGCAGCCUGCGAGGGCCUCUUCCUCUCCAUCGCCUUUAAGCUCCUCAUCCUCCUGCUGGCCAUGUGGGCCUUGUUUCUCAAGCCGGGCCGUGCGAGCCUGCCCAGAGUGUGUGUGUACCGUGCCUUCCUCACCACACUUACACUCCUGCUCACCAUGUCUUAUUGGCUCUUCUAUGGGGUCCGGAUCCUUGAUGCCCAGGAUGAGGACUACCACGGUAUCGUCCAGUUUGCUGUGUCCCUCGUGGACUCCCAGCUGUUUGUCCACUACCUGGCCGUGGUGCUGCUGGAGCUCCGCCACCUCCAGCCCUGCUACAGCGUGGGUGUCAUCCGCUCCACAGACGGAGAGACACGUCACUACAACAUAGGACAGCUUAGCAUUCAAAAGGCUGCUCUUUUAAUUCUGGAGUAUUACUACAGAGAUUUCCCUCUCCAUAACCCAGCCCUUCUCUCUGCCUCUAAGCACCGGGCUGCCAAACACCUGGCUGGGUUGAAGGUCUACAACGUGGACGCCCCGGGGAGCACAGCGGGAGCGCAGCCUGGUAAUGGGAAUCAGUCAAGGGCCAUGGUUACAGCUGCCGCCAAACGCAAAGACAGUGCACACAAUGAGCUGUACUAUGAAGAGGCCGACUACGAGAGAAGAGUGCGGAAACGUAGAGCUAGGCUGGUGGUGGCUGUGGAGGAGGCCUUCACACACGUCCGACGGAUGAAGAAAGAGGACGAGCGUGCAACACCGUCCGACAUAAUGGACGUGCGUGAAGCAGCUCUGGCUAUAUUUCCCUCCAUGGCCCGUGCCCUGCAGAAGUACCUCCGCACCACUAGAAGGCAGCACUGCCACAGCAUGGAGAGCAUCCAGAAGCACCUUGCUUUCUGCCUCAUCAAUAACAUGAGCCCUAAGGCCUUCCUGGAGGCCUACCUGGCCCCUGGCCCGACCCUGCAGUAUGGCCCCGAGCGCUGGAUGGCUGACCAGUGGACUUUGGUCAGUGAGGCUUCUGUCACCGGCGGCGUAAAGGAGGGCUCAGAGUUCCUGCUGAGGUGUCUUGACUUUAGCUUAGCUGUGACCGUCAAGGGCAUCCCAUACAUCCGACUGACUGAGGAGUUCAUCGACCCCAAAUCUCACAAGUUUAUACUGCUGCUCCAAUCAGAAACCUCAGUUUAACACAGUUUUUGGACCAGUGCUGCUGAUCUGGACUCACAGGACUGUUACUAUUAUCCGACUGAAUUUUUCAACUUUUUGUACUGUUUUUUGUACUUAUGUUUAUGUAAUUUCCUCACUUAUAGAGUAUCUUUGUGUCCUUGUCUUUGUCCCGGUCGACAUGAAAGACGAUAAAAAAACAUAAAACGGGAGGGAAUAUGCUUGGAUUUCUCUGUCCUGACGUUUGCAGCAGAACACAGUUCAGGUAUUCCUCUAUGCACGACAGAUGACCCUCACAAGUUUUCUUCUCCCUUUUAAUUGCAUGUGCCAGUGUGUGCCUGCGUGGGGAAGUUCACGAUAUAGGAGGAGUGUGUGUGCAAAUUUAGGAUGAAAAAAGUGUGUAUGUUUUGAGCGUAGUGUACACUCUGUCUCGACCUGUCUUUCUCCUUAGCGUUACUAUAGUGACCAGGAUGUUUGAUAUAACCUUUUCACCAAAACUGCUCUUUCUUAGUCUUAGCAACGAUUAUUUAACUGUCCUGUGUUACAGAUGUAUGUACAGUAUUUAUAUGUGAAUAUACUUUAUCCAUUCAGACUUUUUAUAUCAAAAUUGUGCAUUUCUUGAAUGAUUUUUUUUUUACCUUGUCAAAGAUUUUCUUUUUUACAUUGUCUGUCUGUGCUGCAUUUGUGCAGAACUGGACUGUAAAUAGAUGAAGACAUGUUUGUAAAUCUCUUGGACUGAAUGUCAACCGCAGUACAGCUCAAUAUAGAUGGUCUAGCCAAUAGAUUGUGAACAAACACGUGACUUCUUAUUACGUAUGUACAGGUAAGUGUGUACACUGAUUUUUUUGCAGACUAGCUAGAGAGACUUAAAUGUUUGGACGGCUACGAGGUUCAUGUGGUUGACCUUUUUUUUAUCUUAAAACUGUCGCCUUUGUGCCAUUCGAUUUCAAAACAUAUGCCCCAGAUUUUCAUUUUCAUUCGUCAUGAUGAGGGUGUAAUAUUACAGCACCCAUCUGCAUAAAUAUGCGAAUAUUACUUCAGCAAUUUCAAAAAGAUUUAGGACAUUCUCUCCAAAUGUCUCACCCAAAUUAAUAGUCACUUAUCUCAAGCAGGCAAGUGUUCAAACGUGUUGAAAAUUAAUAACUUUGUGUAAAUUAGCUCAACCCAGUGUCAGUAUUUCUGCUCUCAGUAUUUUGUCUCAGUGUCACUAUACUGCCACCUAUCUACAGCCACUGGAAUGAUCAAUCAAACCGUACAUUUUUAUGAAUAUUUGAUCUGUAUUUUUAAAACCCCUUUGUAUUUAUGGGACCUGUUACACAAGUGUUACUGUGGUCACUGACGGUGUAGUUUUGUUUAGGCUUUUAGAGUGUUGCCGGUUGUAAAUAGUUCUUGACUACACAUGUGCCUCAGUUAUACAUAGGUAGGAUGUGCUCAGCGUACAUGUGCAGUUUUCAAGCGUGUGUAUGUGUGUGUGUGUGUGUGUGUGUGUGUGUGUGUGAGUGUGUGAGAGAAAGAGAAAGCAAAGGAGAAAGAAAGGGAACAUAAUGAAGAAGAGAGAUUGCUUUGUCCCUGUCUUCUUUUAUACAACAGAACAUGUAAAAUCACAGCAGCUGUGUCAAAGUCACAUUUGUAUAAAAAAUAAAUAUUUGUAUCGACCUUU